GCAGCAGGAAGUGGCUCGCAUAGCCGUUUACAUCGGUGUCGGGGUAGCUGUACGUCCAGUGUUGUUGUUAGUGUGUACAUGUCAAACGCAUGCCUGCGAUCGCGGAUAUCCUGAGCAGCCUCACCUUCCGUCGACCGCCGGGUGGACCGACACUCCUCCGGGAAUCAUGGAGCACAUAAGGACGCCGAAGGUGGAGCAGGUGAAGCUGCAGGAUCGCUUCAGCAACAAGGUGAUAGCAGGGACGCUGUACUUGACCGCCACGCACCUCAUCUUCGUGGAGAGCAGCUCGGGUUCGAGCAAUGCACAGGAGAUUUGGAUCCUGCACCACCACAUUGCCUCGGUGGAGAAGCUGUCCCUGACGGCGGGAGGCUGCCCCCUGCUGAUUCAAUGCCGUAACUUCCGCGUGGUGCACUUCGUGAUUCCACGUGAGCGCGACUGCCAUGAUGUCUACAGCUCCCUGCUGCGGCUACUGCGGCCAGCAUACUACGAGGAGCUCUACGCCUUCUCCUACAACCCCAAGCAGAAUGACCAGCAGCGGGAGGAGGGCUGGCAGCUUAUCGACCUGAACGCUGAGUUUGAGCGCAUGGGUGUGCCAUGUGACCAGUGGCAGCUGACCGACGUGAACCGGGAGUACAAGGUAUGUGAGACCUACCCGAGGGACCUGUAUGUCCCUGUCACCGCCAGCAAGCCCAUCAUCGUAGGCAGCUCCAAGUUCAGGAGUAAAGGACGUUUCCCCGUGCUCACCUAUUUCUACCAAGAAAAGAAGGCAGCUGUGUGCCGGUGCAGCCAGCCAUUGUCCGGCUUCAGUGCACGCUGCCUGGAGGAUGAACACCUGCUGCAAGCCAUCAGCAAGGCCAAUCACAACUGCCGCUAUGUCUACGUCAUGGACACACGACCCAAGCUGAAUGCACUGGCCAAUCGCGCCGCAGGGAAGGGCUACGAGAAUGAGGACAACUACUCCAACAUCCGCUUUCAGUUUGUGGGCAUCGAGAACAUCCACGUGAUGAGGGCAAGUCUGCAGAAGCUUCUGGAAGUGGUGGGUGCUCGCUUCCUCUCCAUGACCGAUUAUCUCCAGGGGCUUGAGAGCUCUGGCUGGCUGCGGCACAUCAAGGCCGUUGUGGACGCCGCUAUAUUCCUUACCAAGGCUGUGGCAGUUGAGGGCGCCAGCGUGCUGGUGCACUGCUCCGAUGGGUGGGACCGCACUGCACAAGUCUGCUCCUUGGGGGCACUGCUGAUGGACCCCUACUACCGCACCAUCAAAGGCUUCAUGGUUUUAAUCGAAAAGGACUGGAUCUCCUUCGGGCACAAGUUUGCUGACAGGUGUGACCAGCUGGACGGUGAUCCCAAGGAGGUGUCGCCGGUGUUCACGCAGUUCCUGGACUGCGUGUGGCAGGUGACCGAGCAGUUCCCCCAGGCCUUCCAGUUCAGCGAGUGGUUCCUCAUCCAGAUCCACGAGCAUGUGCACUCCUGCCAGUUCGGCAACUUCUUGGGGAACAGCCAGAGGGAGAGGGAGGAGCUACAGUUAAAGGAGAAAACCCACUCGCUGUGGUCCUACCUGCUGGCCGAGCAGCAGAACUAUGAGAACCCUCUGUACAGCCCCGCCCUGGCCGAGACCCAGCCCAUCCUGGAACCCAGCACCCUGCCCUGCCACUUCAAGUUCUGGAGGAACAUGUACCACCAGUUUGAUCGGACCAUGCACCCCCGCCAGUCCAUCCUCAAGCACAUCCUAGGUCUCAGAGAGAGCAACCGCGAGCUGGAGAGGACAGCCAAUCAGCUGGAGGCGAAAUUUAGUGUCGGAGGGCCCCCCCUGCACACCAGCGCCCCUCACAGACCUCGCCCGAAGUCGCUUAUCCUGACGGCGCCCCAUGGACGUAAGGAGUCAGAGGAGGAGAGUGGCAAUGCAGAGGAGGAGGUGCCAGCGCGCAGCGGAGCGGAGCGGACAGUGGAGGGCAGCAGUGCCAAUGAGAACGGCUACAUCGAGCUGCAGGGUCCGUUCAGCACCAAGCCGGAACCGCAGAUGGUCAGCCUGGAGCUGGGUGUGGCCCGCAUGACAUGCUGAGCUGGCCCAUGGGCUGGCCAGGGAUUUCUGAGUAACUUGUGUUCUUUUUUUCCGUUAAUAUGUUUAAUUUUUUUAAAGAGAUGACAGUAUGGAGUUAAUAGGUUAGUAGAUUAACUCGGCACACGGGGCAGGGGGAGCAUUUACAGAGGUGUGGGAGAUGGCUUGUGCUGGGGUCAACUCACUGGGGAUGGGGACACUGGGUACAGGACCCCCUCCCAACCUGGUAACACAAUGACUCAUUUAGCAGGGGUAGGGAGAGUGUGUGUGUGUGUGUGUGUGUGCGUGUGUGUGUGCGCGCGCGGGGUGCCUUUACUGCAGAUAUGAGGGAGAUUUGCAUCCUAACAAACAGCCCUGGGGAUUGUUAUACACUGUGUCCUCAUGAAUUUUCACAAGCAGCUUAGCUGUGAUCCGCCAGAAGGAGGAUGUGAGGUGCGUCUCUGUAGCCAUGUGAUCCCUGACUCCUCCCACCCGGGUUUUUAAUCAGGUGUGUGCUGGGACUCUCUGCCUGCAGGGGGUGCUUGUGCUCCUGGAGGGGGGUGGGUGGCCCCUGGCCUCAUAUACCUCUCAGCAGUACAGUUUGUCUGUCGUGGUACAGCUGGGGCUGAUAGGCACCCCCAGCCAAUCAGCCCUAGCAGCUGAAGUCCAGGUUUACGGUACAAAGGGUCUCCUCCCAUGCCCCCCCCCCCCAGAUGGAAAUGAGCUGGUAGAUGACAAUAAAGGUGACAUUGUGAAUACAAA